AUGAAUCGAUCGUCCACUGUUGCUGAAAAGCCUGUCGAUUCAAAGAAACAGUCAAAGGACUCUCGCUUUGCCCACAUUCAACCGACGGGUAGCUGGGAGAUUCCACGCAAGGUUUACCAUUAUUCUAAUGGUUACGAUACAACUGACGUUAUACCAUACCUCGUAGCAUAUUUGGCACUGGUGCUGACAGGCGAAGUAUUGCGAUUCUCUUUUGAUUGGUUCAAUGUAUUAUACUGCCGGAUCUUGGGUCCACUCAUGAGACAAACCGAGAUCAAGAGUCGAUGGAAUGGCGUGGUGUACUAUCUGGCCGCGAGCAUUUGCGGACGAUUAUGGGGUCGGUAUACCCCUCGCUUUGGCAAGAAAUCAUUGGCCGGUACCUCGGGAGCAAUGAUUAUCGGUGCGCUCGUGACAUAUGCGUUCUAUCAGAAGAGAGGAUCGUCCUACAUGACUGAGGCGCACGUGCCGUUGAGUGUGUUGUCGGUUUACGGAGGUGUUGUGGCGGGAUUGUCGGAAGCCAUGGCCGAUACUGUGGGUUUGGAUGAUAACUUUAUCAUUCCCGUAUUGAGUGGCAUCUUGUUAUGGAUUCCUCUGGUGGGUUUAGGGUUGGGUAAAAUAUAAUUCAUUGAUUUGGGUCAUUCUUCGUCGAUAGAGAUUAUUUUUUUGGUCACCAAUUACAGCACUGUAGCAUCAAAUUCCCUUUUGUUUUAUUCGUACACUUUGUCUAGUUUUUGUAUUCCAUGGCAUCCCAGCAUUUUUUUUUUCUUGUCAUUACUUCAAUCCUCAAAUUACAAUUAAUAGAUCCUCUUUUAUUUUAUUGGUCAACUUUUUUUUUCUAUUAUGAUAUCUAUUUGUUUGCGGAUGAUGUGUUUAUUUACGAUGUCUAUAAUAGCAUGGUGCAACAGAAGAUGGAUCGUAUCAUCAAGUAUGAUGGGGCGCCGAAAUCUACAACAAGUUACAUAUGAAUGAAAGAGAUAGCAUGCGCUUUCAG